UCCGUCCGGCGAGGCGCGGAGGCGGCGACUCCGGCGAGGCUUGGCGUCGGCGAGGUGCUCGAUCCCUUCUUCCUGGCGUCGGGCGAGGUGCUGGUUUGCCAGGAGCCGAGCCGCAACACAGAGCAGAGCAGAGAGGAAGGCAAGAUGAGUACAUGAAAAAAGACAUUCAAUUCAUUUUUUCAAGUUCAUUGAGCGAUUUUAAGUUAAUACAGAUAACAUUAUCUUUUACCAUGGCUAGUGCGGAGGAUGUGAAGCAGCGGCAGGUUGUUGAAGACCGUGCAAGAAAUAUUAGCCACAAUGUACGGUGCACUGAGUGUGGCAGCCAGUCCAUUGAAGAUUCGCAAGCAGAUGUUGCAGUUCUCCUUAGAAGGUUAAUUCGUGAUGAAAUAAAAUCUGGAAAGAGUGAUAAGGAGAUAUACAAAAAACUAGAAGAAGACUUUGGAGAAACAGUUCUAUAUGCCCCUAAAUUUGAUCUUCAAACUGCUGCCAUAUGGUUAUCACCGGUCAUUGUGGGCGGCGUAGCAGCCGGUGUGUGGGCUUACCAAAAGCACAGGCAAAGGACCAACGUUCACAUCAUGGCUCUGAACCUCGUCCGAGGGGUUCCCCUGACUCCAAGGGAGAAGGAGAUGAUGAUCGACAUCCUCACGCCGCCCCUGCCGGCAAGGAGGUGGUGGUGGCCUCUCAAAUGAUGUUCUUCCAUGUCCUUAGACGCGACACGAGUGGGUACCAAUUUCCAGAGGUACAAAUGUUCAGGAUGGCUGGAAUUCUAGCGUGUGAUUUCGAUGCACAUCUCGCGCCCUGCUUGAAGCUUGUGCUACAGAUUUUUUUGGUUUUAUAACCGGAUGCUUGCGAUAUCUUGGUGGUUUGUGAUGCAUGAACCUAAGUAGCUAGCAGCACAUGUUGCCUUCCGUAUGCGGGCUGUGAAGCUGAAAAAGAGCCUCCUGUUCAAGUGUAGUUUCUUCCCUGUUAAACUGACAAACAUGAGGUGUCACUGCUGACCCUCUGUGCUAGCAGUCUAGCACAGAAGUAGAGCAUUUUGUUCCCAGAAUAAGCUGCAGUUUUUAAUUGGAUUUUCGUUAUGGAUUUUCCUAGUCUCUUUGA